ACCCUGGAUCUAGCAACCUCUGUACAAAACGGUUUUAUUUAUCGUAGCUAACUAAGGUAUUGUUAGCUUGAGUACAUAUGUCAACUUUUUUAUUUACGUUGCAAUCGCUUUAAUAUAACGUAUAUUCUAGGCUUGGUCGCACUAUCUAACGUUAACAUCAAACUUUUUAGCUAGCUUGUUUCGAGGGCUUUUUGCUUUGCAAACUAGCCAUGGAUAACAUUAUUGAUCCAACAUCAGAACAAGAUCUCCCCCUGUUCUCCUUGCGUCUCCUGGUUCCACCUCUACGCCUGAUGUGCGCUUUCAUGUGGCAAGUGACACAACGGCGUAAUGUGAUGCAGUAUGGGAAGCUGGAGGAGUUUGUGACUUUGGUGACAGAGAUGGUUCCAGAGCUGCUGAACUCCAGGCAGAGGACCCAACUCAUCCUGGGACUGAGAGCAAGGAUGGUUUUAGAGUUGUGUCGCAGUGCGGGCACAGCUGACCUGCUGACCAUCCAGGCCCACCUGGACAUAAUCCACACAUUGACAGAAAAAUCUUUACACAAAGAGAGUCAUGGUGAUGAAUUGGACGCUGCAGAUUCUAACUUUGUGGAGCUAGUCCAAACCCUGCUGGAAGACCCUUCUGAGAGGGAGCAUUUCUUCCAGGAGGUGUUCCCAGUCCACUAUGGCCCUCGGUAUGACACAGCGCUGCAGACACUGGUGUGGGUGUUCCUCUCCAGACUGGAGGAGCUGCUGCCUGUACCAGACCUCACGCAGACAACAGCAUGGCUCGGUGCAGCCCCCUCUGUCCUGGAGGAAUGUGGGCAGACUGUCUUUGACCCUGAACAACUGAAGACAGUGUUGCAGCACCAUCAGCAUCAUGGAAACCUGAACAAUAGUCAUGUAUCUAAUUACACCACAGAUACCAUCCUGUCCACACUGUCCCUCCCUCCAAUAAUCAGAGUUGUUAUAAACUACGAACCAGACAACUCUGAAAAUGUGAGGCCAUUCUCAGAUGACGAUGAAGACCACAAUGAAAUCCUGGAUGAAGGCACUGAUAGAUGUUUGGAGGAUCUAGGACUGUCAACAUCACAGGAACAGGAACAGGAGGGUCUGUCACCUGCAGAGACCUCAGUGUUGGUUACUCCAGUACCCUGUGAUGAAUUGAACUUGGAUCAUUCUCUCAACGUAAUGGUGAAUGCUGACGAGCCAUGCCAGGUUCUUACCUGCGCUCUGCCUCCAUUCUCUCACAGUGAAAUGGCCAACCUCUGCAAGGACAAUACCGACCAAGUAGAAAAGGACAGAAAGCAGAUUGGCAAGAAAGAAGAGGUGGUCAGAAAAGGGGACAAAAAGAGGUUGAUCAAACCGGUUGACAAGAAAAAAGAGGGAUCCACUGCACCCCAGAACAGGACUCAUACAUGUGAGUGUGGGAAGGUUUUCAAAAAACCAUCACUGCUGACGCUACAUAUGGGAGUUCACACGAUGCCACAUCAUUGUGACCAGUGUCCCAAACGAUAUGCUACUCCUGGGGCACUGAAAAAACACCAGCUACUUCACACAGAAGAAAGACCAUUCGCAUGUGAACACUGUGACCGGAGGUACAGGAGUGCUUAUGAUCUCAAAGUGCACGUACGCAUUCACUCUGGGGAGCGCCGUCACAUGUGUACUAUUUGUAAGAAGAGGUUUGCCCAUCCAAGUACACUAGUGAGACACACGCGAAUGCAUGCUGGGGAGAAGAAUUACUUAUGUAGCAUAUGUGGUAAGGCAUUCCUUAGCUCAGGAGAAGUGCGACUGCAUACACGAACACACACAGGAGAAAACCCCCACACCUGUAAACAUUGUGGAAAGGGUUUCAAAGCGUCUUGCCAUCUUACGGUUCAUCUGCGAUCUCACACAGGCGAGCGUCCUUACACCUGCACCCAAUGCCCCAAAUCUUUCACUACCUCUGACUCUCUUAGAACGCACAUAUAUACACACACUGGGGAGAAACCUCACCGGUGCUCAGAGUGUGGGAAAACAUUUACUCAAAGGUGUAAUAUGGUAAAUCAUAUGAGAAGAGUUCACCGGUUAAGAUUCUCCAAAAGCAGUCCAACGGAAAGAGACACAAGUCUCGUAAAAAUGCUUUGAGUUCGAAAGAAACUAUGUAAUAAGUCAUUCCAAUGAAAUAUUGAUUGGAAUUAUUGAGACAAGAAAUUCCAUGUAUAAUUCUGCUUUAAAUACAUGGUUUUACAGGUCCUAUUUUGUAUAUCAGAUUAUCAUAUCAAAACAUGUUUUUCAAUAAACUUCAAAUCAAGGUUCUUCACAUCUACACAUGAUAUUUAGUUCUCAACUAACAUCAAGGCGGUGGCCCGUUCCUGUAGGUUCAUGCUCUACAACAUCCGCAGAGUACGACCCUGCCCCACACAGGAAGCGGCGCAGGUCCUAAUCCAGGCACUUGUCAU